AGUACAAAAAGUGACAAAAAUUUAAAAAUCAAUUCAUAAAUUCAUGCUCUAUCCACUUAUCCUAUAUUUUGAAUACGUGUACAUCUGCUAAAUAUUUUUAAUUUCGUUUUCUCAUCUGAUAGACGGCCAAAACUGCUAUCGUUUCCUAACCUCGAAUAUGUGAUAUCCAGGAAGCCCUAGAAUCUCUGGCAUCACCCAACCUCCUAUACUGGCUCUUUUACACCUGUGAUUUUUCCAUCAGCUGUCGACAAUGGCGAAACCAAAAAAUCUGAAAAUUGCUUUCAUCCACCCAGAUCUAGGAAUAGGGGGCGCAGAAAGGCUGAUUUUGGACAUUGCAAGUGCUUUAUCAAGUGAGGGGCACCAAGUUAUAUUCCUAACAAAUCAUUUCGACCCAGCUCAUGCCUUUGAUGAACUGAAGAAUGGAGAGUACCCAGUCGAAGUGUAUGGAGACUGGCUCCCAAGAAGUAUAUUUGGAAGGUUUCAAGCUUUGUGUGCAUAUAUAAGGAUGAUAUACCUCUCAAUAAUGUACUUUGUAUUAUUGAAACUUGAGGAGGCACCUGAUUUAUAUUUCACUGACUUGAUUCCUGUGGCAAACCCAUUCCUGAAACUAGGUAACCAAAGAGUGAUUUAUUAUUGCCAUCACCCUGAUUUGCUUGCUAGUGUGCCUGGUGGCAGGCUCAAACAAUUUUACAGAAAACCUAUAAAUUGGUUUGAAAUGAAGGCAACAGGGCAAGCUGAUGUUAUUUUAGUAAACAGCCAGUAUACUGCUUCAGUUUUUCGUAAAACAUUCCCACAAAUCAAAAAGUCUAUUCACAUUCUGUACCCAACAAUAGCAAAUUCCUAUCAAGAGACUGUCAGAGAACUGAAGGCAAUGAAACCAAUGGAAGAGCUGGUACCAGAACUGCCAACUAAAAAGGACAAAGUUGUGUUUCUGUCUUUGAACAGAUUCCACCCAGCCAAAAGACUGGAACUUGCAGUACUUGCCAUGACUCAUUUACAAAAAGUAACCACAAAGGAAGAAUGGGACAGGAUAUUCCUGAUACUAGCAGGAGGGUAUGACCCACAGUCCAGAAUCAAUGCUGACACUUUCCAAAGCCUUGUGGACCUAACCAAAGAGAAUCAUCUAGAUAAAAAAAUAAUCUUUCUAAAAUCACCUAAUGACAACCUCAAGGCCGAACUACUGAAUUCAUGUUCUUGUCUCCUGUACACCCCAGUUAAGGAACACUUUGGAAUUGUCCCUCUGGAAGCCAUGCUGGUUUCCAAACCUGUGAUUGCUGUGAAUAGUGGGGGGCCAAGAGAAACAGUAGACCAUGGUGUCACUGGUUAUUUGUGUGAGCCAACUGCUGAGAGUAUGGCAGAAUUUAUGAGUAGGAUCAUAAAAGAAAAUGUAACUGAAAUGGGAGGAAGAGGCAGGAAAAGGUUGGAAGAUAGGUUUUCCUAUGAGAGUUUCAGUAUGUGUUUGGGUAAAAUUGUAGAGAAGGCUGUUUAUGAUGAUAAAGAUAAAAAGUUGAAUUGAUUGUUGAGCUUGUUGAUUUUAGUAUUUUAUUGUUAAUGAAAAUUGAGUUCUAUUGG